CCUUUUGUUCUUGACCUAAGCAGUAAUAAUUUGGAGUCGCUUUAUCUUUCACACAACAUGCUUUCUGGCUGGCUUCCUUCAAGCAUGUCCAAGUUCAACUUCCUCAGUUUCUUGGACCUGUCAUAUAACAACUUUUCUGGGAGAAUUCCAUCUAGCACUCAAUUGCAGAGCCUUCCUACUUCCGCAUUUGUUGGUAAUCCUGCACUCUGUGGACCUCCUCUCCCACAAACUUGCCCCACUGAUGAAAAGCCUAUGGAUGGUGGUGUCAAGUGCAAUCAACAAUACGAAGAUGAAUUCUGGAGAUGGUUCAAACCCAGUAUGGAAGUUGGACUGGCUUUUGGCUUUCUAGGAGCUUUGGCUCUCAAGUUAAAUGAUCCCUGGAAACAUAUUUGUUUCCUGUUGUUCAACUACAUGAAGGUCCUCCUCAAAAACUUGAAGGACUACCUCCUUUCGAUUGCGGCAGCACUUUGUUUGGUGAUAACAAUGAAUUAAUGCUGGUAGAUUGCGAAGAAAGUUGAAGUUUUAGGAGCCAUCCAUUGGUAGGUUCAAGAUGAUUCUUCGGGGACUUCAAGGACUGCUCUUGAGAGGUGAAAUGCGAGGGCUUCCUCUUCAGGCUACCACGGUCUUUAGAACAACCUUUUUUUAUUUCCUAUGUGUGUAAUAAAUUACGGUUUGUUUGUAUGUUUUAUGGUUUUAUGGUUUUAUGUAUGUGUAAUUAAUUUUAUCAUCUAGUUUGCAAGGAAUGAAGAACAAGUUAUGUGCAAUUAAAAUAAGAUCAUAAUUUGAAU